GAAGGGUGGGUGAUGGCGACGCGAUUGGAAACCUUGGUAAUCGGAACCGAAACAAACCGGAUCGAACCGUAAUAAUUGUUACCUGUUUGAUGAUGAUUCGAGGAAACCGAAAGAUGGGAGCUUUUUGUUCGGACAGGAACCAAUAAUAUCAAGAUGAGAGUUUUGUUUUGUGUUUUUUUUUUUGCCGGAGAAACCAAGAAUUAUCAAGAGAGAUCUGUGAGCCCGAUUUGAGUGGGGAACUUUGUCCGUCACUACAACGGCGUAUCGGAGUUGAUUUUUCGAGAUCGUGUAGCAAUUUGAUCUGUUUUUUUUUCUUUUUCUUUGGUAGUUGACAAGUAGCAAUUAUUCUGGUGAAGUGAGCAACUUUUAGUCUGGAUCUGCUGAUUAUAGAGAAUGCUGUUGGAAAAGAAUGGUUUUGAUGUUGAUUCAUUGGUUUGGUCCUGUGAAAUUGUAUCCCUUGAGUGUUUUUUGGGCACGGCUUGAUUGUAAGUUAAGCACUCGCCAUUGUCGCUUUGACAAAAUGAAAGUGAGAUUCCGGUGAGGAUACUGCUCAGAGGAUGCCAUAAAGGAAUCUGGCAGGCAUUGUUUCUUUUCUAGGAGACCCUUUGGUUUCAACGGUUGUAUCAUGUAUGUGAGGUUCUUGAUUGAUUCCUCACACUCAUAUGAUCUGAAUACAGCUUGGUCUAUGGAGCUAGUGAGAAGCUUAGGUGCUGAUUUAGCCAUUGAUUAAUUCCACUAAGGAGAACAUCAGAGUUCCUCCAUCACAUUCUUAUCAAAACGGAUGCACGCGGAAGCUGAUGGAAGUAGCAAUGUCCAGAGAUGAUAUCGGUGUUGUCUCGGGUCUCUAUUUGCUGAGCAGAACGUCUCCAAUGAAGAGAGAGAGAGAACAUUCCGUCUAGUAAGGGUGGUUGAUAAUGCACAGAGCUUGUCAAAUUGAGUGAGCUGGCGUUGUUUUGGUUGUCUUAGAAACUAGCUGAUGCAAAGGAAAAAAGGGGAUUCUUAUGUGAGUUCUUCAUCAUCGCUGGUUCAGACAUGGCUUGUGAGUGAGGAUUUGAAGUUAAUAUCCAUUCUUUCCAGUGGUUUGCCCACAUCAGAACAUGUUGUUGAUAUAGAGGCAUCCUUUUCUCCACAGCAAACAACUUUUUUAAAAGAGAAUGCCCUGUGAGAAGAACAUGGAUGCAAUAUGAUGAUGUACGUGCUGGAAGAACGUUGUAUGCAUCCUUCUGAAAACACUGGCUAUAUGCAUCUUUGGGGCAGAAGUUGACUCAGCCAGAGGAUGAUGCCUUUGUUCGUCCAUGAUGCUACAUUGUGUCCCGGUGACAUUUAAGAGAAUCUAAUCUGUGAGCAAGCUUUUCAUAUAAAGCACCAAAAUCAGGUUAUAAACACGCACCGUGGUUGCAAAUGCUGGUCAAAAUUCAUAAAAGCAAAAAAAUUCAAAACUAACCGCCAUCGUAGAACUUCUCGUAGCUUGAGCUCCUCAUCAAUGGCGAAUGCAGAUUUACAGGUUGCUGAUGAUGAGAUUCUGAUGUCUAUCAGAGAGUUGUUUGCUGAGGCUGAGCCUGACGCAGCUGAGGCUGAGCCUGACGCAGCUGAGGCUCCAAACUACUUGGCUAUUGUACUUGCUCGUGAGAGAGCCAACAAGAAGCCUAAAGGGAGAAAGAAGGACCCACCCCUAACUCCUGAGCAGCGUAAAAGGAAGGAGAGAAUUGCGGCAGUUCGAAAGAUGGAUAGUAAGAUUCUCAAUGCUAGAGUUUGAUGACUCAGGUCCUACACUGUUGAAUAAAUUUGUCACUCUGACACUAUAAAAACUCGGUUGCUUUUCCUUUCAUUGCAUUUGUAUAAAACUCUUAAAACUCAGUUGCUUUUCCUUAUCAUUGCAUUUGUAUAAAACUCUUUCUUAUGUGUGACAUGUGUUGUCAGAUAAAAUCGAAACUUUGUUGGCUUGAA